UUGCUAUUUGAAUAGGUUGCCGAAAUGAAAGAUCCAAGUCAGAGUAAUAAUACUCCAAGCAUCAACAGUGAUGAAGUUGUUCUAAAUGGACACUCACACGAUGAAGAUAAUCCUUUUGCGGAGUACAUGUGGAUGGAAAAUGAAGAGGAAUUCAAUAGGCAGAUUGUAGAGGAGCUAUGGGAGGAAGAAUUCAUCGAGCGCUGCUUCCAGGAGAUGCUGGAGGAGGAAGAGGAACAUGAAUGGUUUAUUCCAGCACGGGAUCUGCCCCAGACCAUUGGACAAAUCCAGGAGCAACUCAACGGACUUGUCAUCAGCAGCAAUGGAUCGGUGGAGGACUUAGUGAGUAAGAGCAAUUUGAACCCCAACGCAAAGGAGUUUGUUCCUGGGAUGAAGUACUGAAGCUGAUUCGGAAGGCCUGUGUUGGUGGAUGUAGCACAAUCUCCACACUGUGAAGCCAGUAUUAGAGGAAACAGUUGUAGAAGCUCCCUUCUCUAUCACUGUGUUACAUUCGUGCAUUGCCAAAGUUUUCACUUAGUGUUGCAUGCUAAAUAAAUGUACCGAGACUGUUAUUAUUCAA